AAGAGAAAUUUUAAUCCCCCCGUCCUCUCUCGACAGAUAUGCCGGUGAUUGGUGACAUUGUUGAUACUUUUUGGAGUCAGUCAGCUGUUACCCAUGACUGAGAGAGUAAAUUGACUGUUGGAAAUGGCAUCUCGAGGACACGAGAGUAAACAAUCUCAUGUGCUGUUGCCGGUGCUGCUGAGUGCAUUUGCAUUACCUAUUUCUAUGUUAUUCUGGAUUGUUAAUGUUAUUUAUUCAAUUAUCACGCCUGAGGCUGAUUACCACUUGAGUGAACAUUAUCCAGUGAUAUCACCUUGGCGAUGGCUGCUGGCUGUUAUUUUUCCCAUUCUUUUCGCCAUUUGGGGAGUCAAGAGACGAAGUUUGGAUUUAAGUGGUGCUAUGCUGGGACUCCUCAUGGGAUUCAUAUUGACCUUGACGAAUUACGCCCACUUGGCGUGUCUCAUCAGCUUCUUCGUGUCUUCGUCCUUAGCCACAAAAUUUCGAGCUGAGAAGAAAAGAAGAGUUGAAGCUGAUUUUAAGGAAGGUGGACAGAGAAAUUGGAUCCAAGUAUUGUGUAAUGGGGGCAUGGCCUCGCAGCUCGCUCUGUUAUAUUUGCUGGACGUGGGAUGUGGUGAGAGACCUAUAGACUUCGAUAAGGAUUACAGGAGCUCUUGGCUGUCCACCGGAAUUCUAGGGGCUUUUGCCUGUUGCAAUGGAGACACUUGGGCUUCGGAGUUCGGGACAGCUGUGGGGAAUUCUGAUCCCUUCUUAAUAACUUCGAGAAAACGAGUUCCUAGAGGAACAAAUGGAGCUGUUUCGUGGGUAGGUCUUCUUAUGUCUCUUCUUGGUGGCCUUCUAGUGGGACUUUUCCACUACUUCACUGUCCUUUACACAGUAGAUGUCGCAGUUCUAGAGCAUGCAGUCUCCCAAUGGCCCAUCAUCGUGGUAGGCGGUGCUGGAGGCUUCUUCGGAAGCAUUUUCGACUCCCUUCUGGGUGCCACUCUUCAAUACUCAGGGAUUAACGAGGAGGGAAAAAUAGUGGAACACCCUGGAAGAGGCGUGAAACACAUCUGCGGAAGACAAAUUCUCGAUAACCACAGCGUAAAUCUUCUCUCGAGCAUCGCUAUUGCAUUAAUGCUCCCGAGACUCGCAAAUUGCCUGUGGCCGUAAUUAGAGUUGAAAUUCUAAUGCUCAUUAACAUGUGCAUCAAUAUUUAUUAUCGACAGCUUUAUGUUUUUGUUUAUUAAUUCGUACUGAGGUAUGUUGAUUUUCCAGUGAUUUUUUUACGUUGCAUCAAUUAAGUGGUGAAUGAAUAAAUAUAUAUUUUUAUAAGACACUUACCAGACUUAUUAUCUCUUAAUGACAAUGAAUGAGUGAAAUUCGGAGAAUUUCCACAGAUAAAUAUUAAGUUUAUUCAGUUCUACAUUUUUCAUACACGUCGAUUAAAUUUUCACCAUAAAUUCUCCAAUUAAAUCUAAUAAUCAACAGUCAUAAACUUUUAUACAUUGUUAGUUUAGUGAUAAAUGAUUUCCCUCUGCUCUCCUAUGUUAAUACGUAUUUAAAAUAAUUUUUAUUCUCUCUUGUAAGUACAUUUUCCUUGUCUUGAAAAAUAUAAACUAGGCAUUGUAAAUUAUUGGACGAUCAACUCACGCACAAUUUAGUUGUUAUAUCACUUUACGUAUAAAAAUUAUUCCCGGAAACUUAUUCGUUAGAAUUUCGUAAGUCCAUGCGCGGUGGAAAUUUAAUAGGAACCCAAUCAUUAUACAGUAUCACUAGUCAUAUCAGUGCAUAAAUUUACAG